CGAAGAAAUUUAUGAUUAUCGUUGAAAAUAUUAUUAUAUAUUUAAAAUGAAAAAUAGUUAACAUUAUAUCAAAAUCACGAACAAAUUCUGGUAAUUUUCUUUUUAAGGGAAAAAUCAUAAUAAUAUUGAUUAAAGGCAGAAGGAGUGGACUUUGGAAAAUGAAAAAACUUAAAAGACUUCCAACGACCCCAACACAUCUAACAUCAGUUCAGGUAGCAGUACCGUUAACACCAGUUAUAUCACAGCUUCAAAUCAACAACUCGUCUUCAACACAACAACUGAACAAUAAUGAUCUUGUUCUUCAAUAUUCAAACGCGACAAAUUCUACUUCUACGACAUUAAAUGAUAACAACAUAUUCUUAAAACAAGGUGCGACAUUCACCUCUCAUACAGAUUUUGUAGUGGCAGUACAAGAAUAUUCUACGAGAAAUGGUUUCACUAUGCGUUUAAACACUGUAAAACGUAAUAGGGAAGGAGUUGUUAGAUGGAGAGAAAUUGUAUGUUCACGUUCUGGUACUCCAAGUAGUAAAAAAUCCGGUAUUAAACCAAUACGGAAUCGUCCUUCGCAACGUUGUGAUUGUCCUUUUUUGAUUCGUGCUUCCGUUAACGCUGCUACUGGUUUAUGGGAGAUAAUUGCCACAAAUUUUGAUCAUAACCAUGAAAUUAAUAAUAACGAUCCUGCUACAACCGCAAUCAGCAACGAAAAUGACAAUGAUGGUACUGUAUAAAUAAAGUGCGUAACGUGAUACUUUUUUUGGCGUAGUCAUUAUUAUAUACGCCUAUUUAAGGCUUUAUUAAAAAAAAAAAAAUAUAUAUAUAUUAAAUAGUUUAAAUAGUUCAUUAAAUAU